GUUUCGAUGGGGCUUUAACAGCUUUGGCCUUGCUGGUAGCAGCCUGGUGCAGACUGAAUGCAGCCUUUUAAGUGACGGAGGGGCUGUAAUUUGAGAGUAGCACAGAGGUAUUAUUAGCCAUAAACCGAAGCGCGGCACUUGAGACUUCCAGAUGUUGCGUUUGAGGCACCAGGCUAAAGCCGCGAGUACAACUGCUGAAACAAACUUCCAUACAUCGCCUUCGUGCUCGCCGACAGUGAUGGGAGUUGGCAGGCUCCGUUAAAGGACGAGAGGUGGAAAACAACUUACGCCACUUCAUCUGCUCGGACCCAGAAGGAUAUCAGAGAGGGCUGCGAGAAAGUUUCAACCAACUGCGCACUUUGGACUUUAAAACUAACUGAAAUGUUUGUGGUUUUCUGCCGGUUUGGGAUUUAAUAGACAACCGGGCUCAUAUUUUUUCGACUACAUCGUUUUUAAACUUAUUUAUUUCCUAUUUGUGAGUAUAUUUGGGACAAGUGGGCAUCAUGGCUCUUUUUCACUUGCUCCUCUUUGCCGGGUUAUCGCUGUCGGUGUAUGGAGGCUUUUACCAGGGACCUUUACAUCCGGAGAUGUCUAAUGGCACUUUCCAUCAUUAUUUCGUGCCGGACGGCGACUACGAGGACAACGACGACCCGGAGAAGUGCCAGAUGCUUUUUAAAAUGAAAGACGAGCGAAAGUGCAGCCUCGGCGAGGACCAGGACGCCCUCAUACGGGAUGAUUUCACUAUCAUCAAGAGGCAGAUCGAGGACUCUGCCAGGGUGCUGGAGGGGAUCGGGAAAAGCAUCUCGUACGACCUGGACGGAGAGGACAGCUACGGGAAGUAUUUGCGGAGGGAGACAACCCAGAUAAACGAGGCGUUUACAAACUCGGAGAAAUCUCUGCUGGAGCUCGAGGUGAAAUUCAAACAGAGCCAGGAGAGUGAGCUGAAGGAGGAGCACCGGCUCAAUGACGACUUUCUUAACAUGAUAGUGCACACGCGGGACGUCCUGAAGGAGACGUUGGACAUUUCUCUGGGCCUGAAGGACAAGCACGAGCUCCUGUCUUUGAUCAUCCGCAGCCACGGCACGAGACUGAGCAGACUGAAGAACGAGUACCUCAAGUUCUGAGUGAAAAUAGUCCCUAAUCAUCUCAUUAAUGCAGCACCACAUUUUUCUUUUAUUAUUAUUUUUGUUGUUAUUAUUAUUAUAGUUGCGCGUGACCAAGAGACAGAGGCAGAGAGAAAAUUACAUACCGGGGGCAUAAAGCCAGAGCAUAAAGGAUCAGUUCUCCUGAACUAACAAAUAUUUUCCUCACUAAAAUGUUCUGUGGAUGAAGAUAGUUUUGGGUGCGUGCGCCCGGGGUUUUUAUUUGUAUUUGUAUUUUUAAUAUAUCUCUAAAGAUUUCAAGCCAACAAAUUAAUAAUGAAAAAGUGCAAUAUCAUAAUUGGCAUUGCAAAAUCUCAGGGAGGAACCAAAUGUGUUUUAGGGGGGAACUUUUACUUUUUUUUUUCUUUUCUUUUUUAAUGUUUGCUUCAUAUUCCAAUAAAGUCGGUUCGAAACUAAAACCGCAGUAUGGGGGACAUUCACUUGGCACUGCAUACACUGCAGUAAUGGUAGAAAUUUUUUGAAGGAAUAUUAAAAAAAAGAACCUGGGAAUAUAAAAUGUAGCUAUCUCCAUUUGUAAGGUACAGAUAGAGUUAAUCUGUUCUUUUUAUUAUUAUUAUUUUAGAAAAAGUCUUUUGGACUGUCUCUGGCACAGUAAACCUUUUGUUAAAAUAAACAAGAAAUACGAGGAGUAGGAAACAAUCUUUAAAUAUUGUUAUGCAAAAAGGAAUAACCUUUUUCAUCUUAUGCAACAUAAUCCAACAAUACUGUGAUACAAUCCUGGGUGGGGGGGACAGUGAGGAAAUUCCUAAAUUUAGUCUAUUUAUCUCAGAUUCAUCCGAAUAAAUACCGAACAAAUCAAAGUGCUUCAUCCAAUUGAUGUAAAAACAUGAUGUUAAAAAUAAAAAAAUUCCAGAUAUUAAUAGGAUAAACAGGAUGGUGACAAUUCUGUGUGCACUGUUGUACUGCCCACUCUUUGAUAACUUUGUAUACUCUAUCCUUACAAUACAAAAUGUUAGUAGAAAAUGAUUCAAUAUGAAGUAAUGUUUUACAGUAGAUAAUACAUCGCCUUAAUGUUACUCCAAUACUGUCUCUCUGCAAGUGAGUGUACCAGAAAUGCCUCUUUUUGUCUUUUUAUUAGUUAGUGAUCUGAGUUUACCUGUCACGGCUUUCUGCAUGUGUGUAUGUGUGGGGUUAUGCGUGUGAAACAAUGGCUUUGUAUAAGAGUCAGCCAAUCAAAAGAGUGACAACAGGAAAAAUCCUUUUUCAAAACACAGGCCUUAGUUUGAGUUUUCCAACACUCGUUCGGUUCUCUCUUAAGACAAAAGAGUGAGUUUUGGAGCAGAAUCCUUACCCUGCGCUCAAUGCCAUCUAUUUGGUUUGACUUUGACACCAAAAUUUAAAUAGAUUAGCAGCAACGUUACAAAGUUAUGUGUUUAUGUCGCUCUUAGUUUGUGCUUCAGACGAGUGUUUCUUUGCCAAAACCAAAAAUAAUGUUUACAUAUGUAUCUGAUGUAUGUUUUUGUUUAUAGGCUAGCAGACUUUGCACAAUUCUUUGCUGUCACGGUGCUAAAGGUUGUGACAUGGUUAAAAAUGCAAAGCCUCCUAUAGUCUUGGAAAAUGUACAGUGUAUUAUUAGAGGUAAGUAAAUACUGUGAGUGCCAAUAUCUUUAUUACUGAACAUCUAUUAUGUAUUCAUUGUUUAUAUAAAUAGAGCAGCAAAAAAUCUAUUCUUGUAUAUCUUUAAGAUAUGUGGCCAGAUGUAAUACUUUGAUGGAUAAGACUGCAGGCAGCACUAGUAGACUUCUGUGUCAAAUACUAAUCUGUAAAACAACAUACUUAAUGGAUUGCGUUGAGUCUUCUUAAAUAAAGAAGUUGUGUUUGAAGUA